AUGGGUGACAGAAAACCAUCACGGUUUCUCCGUCACCUGCAAGGUCUUGCUGGCAUACAGGUCUCGGAUGAUUUUAUGAAAACCCUUUGGAUCAGCCGUCUUCCAUCUGGCAUCCAAACAUUUUUAGCAGGCCAACCGCAUACAUCCAUCGAGACACUAGCGGACGUAGCCGAUAGGAUUCACGACCUGGUACCAUCAUCGCCCCAGGUGGCAUCAAUAAGUCAUUCUCAUAAUGAACCGGUGUACAACGACCGUGCGAAAGAAGUCGCAGCGCUUAGAAAAGAAGUGCAAGCGCUUACUCUAAUGCACAGAAGAAGUAGACCACGAUCACGUUCUAAACGAGAUACUCGUAAAGAUCGCUCUUCAUCAAGGUCUCAGUCCAGCUACAGAAAAUUUACUUUAUGCUGGUACCACUCCAAAUUCGGCGAAAAGGCAGAUAAAUGUGUACGCCCAUGCGACUAUCGGUCGGAAAACUCCAAGGGCAAUCGGUGA